ACACUUCCCGAAGUGAGAGUUGCGAAGAGGGAGGAGCGCGCAGGCAACAUUCGCUAUCAAGGGCUUAUAGCAGAUGACGGAAAUCGCCGAUGUUUCCCGAAGGAAAGAGCGCGCGUCUCGGGCUCGCGAGCGGAGGAGGCGGGACGCAGGCCUGCGAGAGUGCGGUGGGAGCUGUCACGACCGCAAGGGGGACUCGCAGCCCUACCAGGCUCUUAAAUACUCAUCCAAGAGUCACCCCAGUGGUGGUGAUCACCGGCAUGACAAGAUGCGAGACACCACAGACCCUUCACCACCAAAUAAAAUGUUGCGGCGAUCUGAUAGCCCAGAAAACAAAUAUGGUGACAACACUGGACACAGUAAAGCUAAAAGCAUGCAUACUCACAGAGUUAGAGAGAGGGAUGGUGGGACCAGUUACUCUCCACAAGAAAAUUCUCAUAACCAUAGUGCUCUUCAUAGCUCAAAUUCACACUCUUCUAAUCCUAGCAAUAAUCCAAGCAAGACUUCUGAUGCAUCCUACGAUUCUGCAGAUGACUGGUCUGAGCACAUUAGUUCUUCUGGCAAAAAGUACUACUAUAACUGCCGAACAGAGGUUUCACAGUGGGAAAAACCAAAAGAAUGGCUUGAAAGAGAGCAGAGACAAAAAGAAGCAAGCAAAAUGUCUGUCAACAGUUUCCCAAAAGACAGGGAUUACAGAAGAGAGGUGAUGCAGGCAACGACUGCCAGUGGGUUUGGUAGUGGAAUGGAAGAGAAGCAUUCCAGUGAUGCCGCUAAUAUGCUCCCACAGAAUAUUUUGUCUCAAACAAGCAGACACAAUGACAGAGACUACAGACUGCCAAGAACAGAGACUCACAGUAGUUCUACCCCAGUACAACAUCCCAUCAAAACGGUGGUUCACCCAUCUGCUACCCCAAGUUCUGUUCCUCUUAGUCCAUUUUCUCUACAGUCUGACCACCAGCCAAAGAAAUCGUUUGAUGCAAAUGGAGCAUCUUCCUUAUCAAAACUGCCUACACCCACUUCUUCCAUCCCUUCGCAGAAAACAGAAAGAAAAGUCUUGUCAGAAUCUGUGUCUAUGGACAAGUCUCUAUCCCAUUCAUGCACAACUCCUUCCACAUCGUCUGCUUCUGGCCUGAAUCCAACUUCUGCACCAACUUCAUCUGCUUCUACAGUCCCUGUUUCACCUGUUUCACAAUCGCCAAUUCCUCCAUUACUUCAGGACCCAAAUCUCCUUCGACAGUUACUACCUGCUCUUCAAGCCACCUUGCAGCUAAAUAAUUCUAGUGUAGAUAUCUCCAAAAUAAAUGAAGUUCUUACAGCUGCUGUGACACAAGCCUCUCUACAAUCUAUUCUCCAUAAAAUUCUCACUGCUGGACCAUCUGCUUUCAAUAUAACUUCCUUGAUUACUCAAGCAGCACAGCUUUCCACACAAGCUCAACCAUCUAAUCAGUCCCCAAUGUCAUUAACAUCGGAUGCCUCAUCACCAAGGUCAUAUGUAUCUCCAAGGAUAAGCACGCCACAGACUAACACAGUUCCUCUGAAACCUUUGAUGAGUACACCCCCUGUAUCCUCACAGCCAAAGGUUUCUACUCCAGGUGUUAAGCAAGGACCAGUUUCACAGUCAGCAUCUCAACAGCCAGUGACUGCUGACAAACAAGGUCAUGAAUCUGCUUCUCCUCGAAGUCUUCAGCGUUCAAGUGAGCUGACAACUGUCCAUUCUGGAGUUUUGCCUUAAGUUGUACAUGAAGAACAGAACAGACUUCUUCACCCCAAGCAUUUGUUACCAAGUGUCCAGACAUGAACUGAAAUCUUGGAAGGGUGGGGUUUGCUUAUUAACUGUGAAGCCAGUACAAGCUGCUAAUGUUAAUAAAAAAACAGUUCAAAUGAAGUAGUGCUUAAAUUCUAAUUCUGGUAUAUGUAAAAGUAAAUUGUUAGCUGCUGAGUUCAGCUAAAAGGUAGUAAGCUGGCAGAGUUUUCGUGUCAAAUUCCCAACUUUGUUUUAAAAGCUGUAUGUUACCUUUUGUCAUAACCAUUUUGAGUGUGUCUUUGCGUGUAGUGUUGCAGAAAAAUGCUACAGUACUGUAAAAGGUAUGACUCUUUUGGUUGUGAAGGCACGUUAAAUGUUGAGUAGAAGGAAAUCUGUCAUUUAGUUAAGCCCUGUUUUUGAAAGCUUUGCUUGAUUACAUUGGCAUGGAUCUGUUCAAACAUUUAAGAAUGUUUGACAGCCUUAAAUCUGUUAAGCCUUUAAAACAGAUAGGUCUGGGUUGUUCUUUAGGUAGUUUUGAUCUUAGAAUGUUGAAUAACAUAUGUCAAGUGGAAUGCAUAAUGUCUUGAAAAAUGGCUUUAGAAGCAAGCUUUUACAUGAAAAGCAAGAAUUGACAUAAUGGCAGUUCUGUUUAAUAAAGAUGUUGGGGAAAUUCUUGGGUUAGUUGGUUAAAAUCAAGGCAAUCAGUUUCUAGGUGUUGGGGUCUCCCCUCCCCAGUGGUAGUGUUGCUGAAUAAAUACUUGAAGCAAAAUAAUCCUUAGUGUGCUUGCUUAAUUUGAGGCAGCAUAUAUAUUUUUUUCUUUGAAAUCAGCUAGGGCUUAAUGUUUGUAAAAGCAUGCACAUGGACAUAUGCACAUACACCACCAGUACACUGACUGAAACAGAAUUGGAUAACUAAUUAUGUGCAUUUUGAUUAAUAUACUACCUAUUACAUAGGCCUAGUAUACCUGCUUGAUUUCUUAUCUGAAUAGGUCCUAAUUUUCUACAAGUGGCUUGUCUGGACUUUUCUGCUUUUGGUUCUGAAUAAUUUCUUCUGUUUUGACACACAAUUUGAAUCAACAAUCAGUCCAACAUUAACAGAUAGUUCUGCAACUUCUGACUAGGAGGCUCUUGCUAUAGCAAGAUACUUUACAGUUUUGGUCAAGCUGUUGUAAUAGUGUUGGAUGUUGUUUUUUUGUAUAUUUAGACAAAGAAUAUAUAAGAGCUCAAUCAGUCUCAUCAGAUGAAGGCAAAGACAAGUUUGGAAUAAUAAUGACCCUUAAAGAUGGGAUGAGGCUCAAAGAUCAGUUACUAUAAAAAUAAUGAUUUUGAUGAAGAUAUCUAAUUCAGAUGUAGAAAGAAAAUCAAGAUUUAAGAACCUAAUGGCUCAUCAAAGCAUAAUUCUAAACUGAUCUCGAGCUAUAAUAUGUUGGAAUGUGUCGCUGAAAUUGUAUAACUUACAUGCUGUAUGACACUGUGUGCGAGUGCCCAUGCUCUGGUUGUCAUUUUGAGCGGGGGGGACCCAUUUGGUGCUCUCAGAUUUAAAUAUUUUUCAUAACUACCAUGUGACAUAAACUUGGAUAAUCUAGAUUGUGAUCCGUUGCAUCCAUAAACAUUUAAACAGUGCAGAAUGUGAGGUGAAGUUGCCUUCGACGGACCGCCAUGACUCCUGCUUAUAUGUCAAGGUGAGAAACACCACAACCUACAAGAUUUGCAAGUUGUUUUCUUGUCAGACCAUGAAGAAUUGAGCACUUAGAUUGAGAGUAGCACUUUAUGAUUAUGCUUUAUGGCCGCUCACACCAAGGCCAGGAUCUCCAUUGACUCCAGUGUCGGCAUUGAGGGCGGCAGCAGCUGCACAGUCGAAACCUUUGAUGUUAAGUGCCCUGUCGGCUUCUGAACCUGUUUUCAAGGAGCCUCAGCUUCCAAAGGUCUCUGCUUUUUCCUAUCGCCACAAGCAAAAGAAGAAGAAAUGAUGCUCAGAUGAAGAACCUUCGACUCGUGCUUCUAAAAAGCAUAGAGAUUGAAGCCAAACUUUGUCUAAGACUGCCAAGAAGACUCCAUCUCCUGCUGGUCUCCAAAGCCUGGAUUCCCAACAUGGACAUACUAAGUCAUCAACAUCGAGAGAUACUGGGGGCUGUCGGUCAUUGACGUACCACAGCCUCUCAACUCCUGUGGCUUCCUCAACAACUAUAACUCCACAGUGUCCUUUGAGACUGUAUUUGGUGCUGACAUGGAUGAUUACUGCCCCAUCAGUUCCAGCGUCGAUAUCAACUCCUUGGCGCUCGACAUCUAUCGUACCAGCUAUAACACUACUACAGUCACCUUCGAUGUUGAGGCCAACAACUUCACUACAUUGAGGGAUAACUUCGCCACUGACUGCAGCUGUUGCCUUCGACAUCAAGGGCAACACCCAGGAUCUUGAAGGAGGAUUAGACUGACAGCCAGGACAUUUUUCUCUUUACUUGACUCUAAUGAGAGUACUUCUUUGGCGUCUACUUUCAAGGGCUGCUUGAGCCAAGGCUUGGAUGAAGACCCUAUCAACAAGUGCCUGUCACUGUGCUAAAAACGUCAUCUGUGUCACCAUGCCUGCUGUUCUGCUCAUGGGUUUACAUGCCCCCACUGCUACUUUUACACUGCUAAUGUCUCAAAUAUUUGCACCAUUUGCUUGUACCAGUCAAUGGCACUCCUGCAGGUCUACACACAGCAUGACUGCACAGACUAGUUGGUGUUUCCCUAGAGAUGCAUUUGGAGUGUCCUCUCCAAUACUUCCAUAUGACUACCACUAAUACCACCUCUGGAGAGUUCAACCAUCUAGGCCUUUGCAAGCACCUUAUUCAACUAUUCUGAAUAUAUUCACCACUACCAAUCAUUCUGUGCCUAUUGUCACUCAGGCUGCAGACACUGCUUCCACAAUACCUUAAUUGCUACUGUCUACAACUAUGACUACUCAGGCUUCUGGUGCUGCUACAGCUGCACUUUCCUCAUCAGUGCCUACUGCUACCAUUCAAAAGGCUCUUUUGAUAUCAGCAACAACUCAGAAAGCCUCCUCUGUGAGUGAGUGUCUCAAGGCACCUUCCACAACUACACAAGGAGCUACUACUGCUAAUUUAGUUUUUUCAGGAGAAGAUUAUGAUUCAACACCCGAUUUCAUAUUCUGAAUUUACUAGUACUGCAUGCCCCUCGGAUUCUUCACCGGAUGUGCUUGCUGUGCCAUCCAUAUAGGAACUCAAGGUAUAUCAUCUUCAGGCAAAGGAGAUGUCAGGGGCCUUGGGUCUUGAAUUGAAAACUCAGACCUCUGAUAUAAAAGAUCUUGUUUAUGACUUCAUGUUUACUGCACAGUCUGCUCAGCCUGUUGCAUUGCCAAUACUUCCAGUAAUCUCAAGAGUUGCAUAGUCCAAGUGGGAAGUAAUUCAUACUUGGGCUCCAACAGCAAAGUGAUUGGAGGGCCUAUAUCCUGUGCAGGAGGAGGACUGUGCAUACUUACUAAAACAUCCAGUUCCAAACUCCUUAGUCAUUGAUUGUGCCACUUCCUCAAAGUCUGGUAGACACCAUACCACUCCUGUGGGUAAAGGAGGAAGAAAAUUAGAAGUUACGGGCAGGAAAUAUAGCAUUUGUCUAUGAGUAAAGAUGGCAAAUUAUGCCCCCUGUAUGGCGAAAUACAACCAUUCCCUAUGAGAACCAUUCUACCAGGGUUACAAUAAUAUGUCUCCUGAGGAAUUUAAGAAAUGCUUUUCAGAGACAUUGGCUAAAUCCACACCUAUUACUCAGCAACAAUUGAGUAGUGCAAAGCUCUUGACAGAGACAGGGUCAAGGACAGUGACCAGAGCAGUUUCCAUCCGCAGACAUGCCUGGCUCCACUCUACCAGCUUACAGUCUGAUAUGAAGGAGAAGAGGACUUGCCUUUGAUGGGAAAGGCCUCUUCAGUAAUGGCACUGAUAAUACCAUGGAGAAACUUUAAAAAAUCAAAUUCAUCGCAAAGUCGUUAACUGCAUCUUCUAUUCUUCUACUUACUCAACCUCAAGGUACAAGCCUUAUAACAAACAGCAUUUCUUGUUUAAUCCAGCAGAUUGCAAAGCGUCUACCAACUUUACUAAAAGCAAAAUGUCCAGAACUAUUGAAGUGGUUAAUUUGAUUUAUUUUAUUUAUUUUAUUUACUACAUUUAUAUCCUGCUCUUCCUCCCAAGGUGUUCAUUGCAGUACUACAAUGGUAAAGCUUUGAAAAAUAAGUGUAAACUUUGUGUUGGUUCUUGAGAAUUGGUUGUCACAGUAGUCACAUGUAGAACCAGUUAUUUUAUUAACGCUGUCAUUGAUGGAUCUCUCCUGCUUUUAUCUACAUCUGAUUUAAAAUGGUACUAGCAAGGUUUUUUUUUACCUGACUGGUUUUUUUCCUUUUGCAUAAAUAGGUGUGUAGUUCCUGUGAAGCAGAGGCUUGGUUUGCCUUAUCCUGAAUUCUUAGUAGUCUGCCCACUUCCUGUUUCACUAGUACAAUCAUCGGUGGUUGUCUCCCCUGCUGCCCCCAUGUGAGAGGGUUAGCUACUCCAUGGUGUAUUAUGCAGCCCUCGCUCUGAAUACUGAAGUGUGCGCACAAAAGUGUAGUUUGCACAUUUAGUUUUUAUGCUCUGGGCAUGAACAUCUGCACAUGAAGAUAAAUAAAAACACCACUAAUUAGCAUACAUUUAGGAAUUGAGGCUUUGUAUACCUUGUUUGUAUACCUUUGUAUACCUUGUUUGUGUUUCAUGGUUGGUGAAGUUUGUUCUUAGCUUACCCACCCUCAUAUGUCUUGAAAAACACAUCAAAUUCUGGCAUCAAAUUCUUUAGAUACUUGAGUGACUAGGCAUUUGGGGUGCUUGCAGUCAUGUACUUAAUGAGGAAUAUAUUCAGUUGUGGCUGCUGUGAAGUUCUCUCAUGAACAUAAAAAGCCUAUAGUUCUCUAAGUCAAAAUUUAUGACAUAUUGGGAAACUAAUUAGUAUUAUGGACUCGGGUAUGUAUGUAUGUAUAUUCAGUCAUAAGUAUUUUCAAUAUGUAUUACUAAAUAACAUUUUCUUAUAUAAUUUUCUUAUAUAAUAAUAUAAUAAGAAAAUGUAACCAGAAUACUUGGAUGAGUUUUGGAAAUAUAAAAAGUAACAUGAAUAGCAUGCUUAAGUGUUACAAGACAGAGAUUAUCAUAUUCUUUGAGAUAUUCAGGGAGUUUUCAAAAACAUGCAAUUGAUGGUUAAAGUGUUUAUUAUUUAUUUAAAUAAAUAAGUUGACAGUAAUUACUUUAAAUUUCAUAUAACUAGAAGUAUGAAGAAGUCAACAGAUUUGAAAAUACAAAUCUGGAAUAAGACACAAUCCUAUGAAAGAGCAGGAGGUGAAACAUUCACUAGCUCUCAAAAGAAAAUGUAAAAAUGAAAUGGUUUUAAUUUUUUUUUAAACCCUUUUAUCUUCUAACUUGGCUAUAACAUUGAUCGGCCUUGUGUAUUCUGAAAACAAACACCCUGCCAGAUAAAUCUGUAAUUGAAAUUGUAAUGAUGCCUUCAGUGAGGAUUUCAUGUGUCAGUUUAAGGAAACUAUUUCAAUCAGUUCAACUUAGAGGUUAUCCAUUCUAUGGAACUAUUGAAAAGACCGUGGCUGAUGUGUUGUAAAACUGAUUCACUAAAAUUAUUAAUGUAGUGAUGUAAUGAAGUUUUAUUUGCUAAAAUCCCUCUUUCAUUUUGA